UUUUAUUUUAACUUGAAUUUUUAUACAUAAAAAAUUAUUACUUAUAAGAGGUUUUUUAUAAUGGAAAUUAAAAUGAAAUUAAUGUUUCUAAUUUAUCUGAUAUAUGUAACAACAGCUCAAAAUGAGAGAACACAGAGGAAUGAAAACACCGUCGAUGAUGAAAGAAAAACCAGUGAAACAGAAAGCGAACGAAGUAGAAGGGAAACGGGAUCGGAAUUCGAACGUCGCAAGUCUGGCCAAACAGGUUUGGAGACAGUGACGAUGACUGGAAAUUCUAGAUCUCAAUAUAAACACAGAAAACAAGGACAGGUCAAAGCUGUUGGAAAAUUCCGUUCACGUGGAAUGGGUAGAUACGGUUUAGUAUCAUCAGAAUCUACAUAUUAUGUAAUUGAAGGCAAGUUCGAUAGAUAUGGUCGAAAGAGACCUACUAAGUCGAACUUCAAAACUCGUGGAAAAGAAAAAAAAUAUUCUAAAAAAAUUGUUGAUAAUCAAUUUGAUAUUAAAGGUGGUUUAAUUGAAGAACGUAAAUAUAAACAAACUGGUGAUUAUCAAGCGAACGGUACUCAUGUUUAUAUUGAUCUUCAAUCUGAACGCCAGAAAUCUUUGUCUUCAAGAGUAAAGCAGAACGAAGACAAAAGUAAAGAAAAGGAAACGGAGAAAAAAUCAUCGUUUAACAGUACCUUGACAAAUUCAUUUGGUUUUCAAAAAUAAAACAUUUCAACAAUUGUGCGAUUAUGAUUUAUAUUUGACUAUAAUAAAACUAAUAUCGAUUUUCAUGUUAAUAACCUUUUAAAAUGAUAAUUUGUUUAUUCAUUUUGAUCUUCACACAUAUAAUUGAUAAAUAAUAAGAUCUGUUAUUUAUAUAUUGUAAGCAAUACAUCGAUUUUUAAAAUAACGAUAUGAUUAAUUUCUAAAAGUCUCUCAUGACUAAGACAAAUCAUACUAAAAUUAAGGAGAUGAAUUAAUUGUUCAUUGCCUCCUGAUUUCUGGUAAUUGUGUAACUCACAUCGAUUCGUGAUCUUCAUAAUAAAUAGUUGUUAUCGAACCCGAGCGUUUGUAUCUGUAUUGAAACAACUCACCCCCAUUGUUCUUAGUGUAAUCCUGUUUUCGCAUAACUGAUGUAAUAUGUUGUUUAUGAGCUAGAACUACAAGAAGGUUCAUCUAGCUGUGAGUUUCAUUAUAGUUUUUUAAUAAUUUGUAAUUAGUUGCAU